AGGCGUCGGGCCGAGCGUGGUACUACGACGGGCGCGGGCCGGAGGGGGCGGGGGGAUGCGCCGCGGCGGCGGCGGCGGCGGCGGCGGCGGCGGCGCGGGCGCUGGGGCUGCUGUUUGCAGGCGCCAGAGCAGCGGAUUCCCGACUCGCUGCCGCAGUAGCGCCGUGUCGCGCGCGGCCUGAAGACUAGCCGCACCUUUCUGCUCCUCACCUAAUUAAAAAAAAAGCAAACCCAGUCGGAACCAAUGAACGUAGCUGGAAGCCGAGCUCCGGAGGCCGCCGGUGCCGAGGGGAUGAGUCCGAGCCCGUGGCGGCGGCAGCGCCGGCGGGGGCGGCCCGAGGAGUGGCGGGUGCCCGCGGCCCCCGGCCCGCUGCCCCGCCGGGCUCCGGCUCCGCGCGCUCCCCCUGCCGUGCUCGGCCCCGGCCCGGCCCCGGGCGCGCUGCGGCUGCUGCUGCUGCUCGGGCUGCUCGGGCUGCUGCUGGCCGGCGCGGCGGACGGAUGCGAGCUGGUGCCCCGGCACCUCCGCGGGCGGCGGGCGGCGGGCUCGGCCGCCUCGUCCGCGGGCGAUAGCCCCGCGCUCCUGACAGAUCCCUGCCUGUCACUGAGUCCACCCUGCUUCACUGAAGAGGAUCGAUUCAGUCUGGAAGCGCUUCAGACAAUACACAAGCAAAUGGAUGAUGACAAAGACGGUGGGAUUGAAGUCGAUGAAAGUGAUGAAUUUAUCAGAGAAGAUAUGAAAUAUAAAGAUGCUACUAAUAAACACAGUCAUCUGCACAGAGAAGAUAAGCAUAUAACAGUGGAGGAUUUGUGGAAACAGUGGAAAACGUCAGAAGUUCAUAAUUGGACCCUUGAGGAUACCCUUCAGUGGUUGAUAGAAUUUGUUGAACUGCCCCAGUAUGAGAAGAAUUUUAGAGAUAAUAAUGUCAAAGGAACAACACUUCCCAGGAUAGCAGUGCAUGAACCUUCGUUUAUGACCUCUCAGCUGAAAAUCAGCGACCGGAGUCACAGACAAAAGCUACAGCUCAAGGCACUGGAUGUGGUUUUAUUCGGACCUCUAACACGCCCUCCUCAUAAUUGGAUGAAGGAUUUUAUACUCACAGUUUCCAUAGUAAUUGGUGUUGGAGGGUGCUGGUUUGCUUACACACAAAAUAAAACAUCAAAAGAACAUGUUGCAAAAAUGAUGAAAGAUUUAGAGAGCCUGCAAACUGCAGAGCAAAGUCUGAUGGACUUGCAAGAAAGGCUUGAAAAGGCACAGGAAGAAAACAGAAAUGUUGCUGUAGAAAAGCAAAAUCUCGAGAGAAAAAUGAUGGAUGAGAUCAAUUAUGCCAAGGAGGAAGCGUGUCGACUGAGAGAGUUGAGGGAGGGAGCCGAAUGUGAAUUGAGUAGACGUCAGUAUGCAGAACAGGAGUUGGAGCAGGUUCGAAUGGCUCUGAAAAAGGCUGAAAAAGAAUUCGAACUCAGAAGUAGCUGGUCUGUUCCGGAUGCACUUCAGAAAUGGCUCCAGCUAACACAUGAAGUGGAAGUACAGUACUACAAUAUUAAAAGACAGAACGCUGAAAUGCAGUUAGCUAUUGCUAAGGAUGAGGUUGCUGCUUCAUGUCUGAUUCAGGCAGAGAAAAUUAAAAAGAAGAGAAGCACCGUCUUUGGGACUCUGCAUGUUGCACACAGCUCCUCUCUCGACGAGGUCGACCACAAGAUUCUGGAAGCAAAGAAAGCUCUCUCUGAGUUGACAACGUGUUUACGAGAACGACUGUUUCGCUGGCAGCAGAUCGAGAAGAUCUGUGGCUUUCAGAUCGCCCAUAACUCAGGACUCCCCAGCCUGACUUCUUCCCUGUACUCGGAUCACAGCUGGGUGGUGAUGCCCAGAGUCUCCAUUCCUCCCUACCCCAUUGCUGGGGGAGUUGAUGACUUAGAUGAGGACACACCACCGAUAGUGUCACAGUUUCCCGGGACCAUGGCUAAGCCCGCCGGAUCGUUAGCCAGAAGCAGUAGCUUGUGUCGCUCCCGUCGCAGCAUUGUGCCAUCUUCGCCACAGUCCCAGCGUGCUCCACACCCGGCGCUCCCUCGGCACCCCCACCACCCCCAGCACUCCCAGCACUCGUUGCCUUCCCCCGAUCCAGAUAUCCUCUCAGUGUCCAGUUGCCCUGCUCUAUAUCGAAACGAAGAGGAGGAGGAGGCCAUUUACUUCUCCGCCGAAAAACAAUGGGAAGUACCAGACACCGCUUCCGAAUGUGACUCCUUAAACUCUUCCAUUGGAAGGAAGCAGUCUCCUCCUUCGAGCCUUGAGAUAUACCGAACAUUGUCUCCUCGGAAGAUUUCAAGAGAUGAGCUUUCCCUCGAGGAUUCGUCCCGGGGCGACUCCCCCGUGGCCGCAGAUCUCUCUCGGGGUUCUCCUGAUUGUGUGGGCCUCACUGAAACCAAGAGCAUGAUCUUCAGCCCCGCGAGCAAGGUGUACAACGGCAUCUUGGAGAAGUCCUGUAGUAUGAACCAGCUCUCCAGCGGCAUCCCGGUGCCUAAGCCUCGCCACACGUCAUGCUCCUCGGCCGGCAACGACAGUAGUAGACCAGCCCAGGAGGCCCCAAGCGUAGCGAGGAUAAGCAGCAUCCCGCAUGACCUCUGUCACAACGGAGAGAAAAGCAAAAAGCCAUCUAAAAUCAAAAACCUUUUUAAGAAGAAAUCGAAGUGAACUGACUGGGGAUUGCAUUGAAGUGGCAUCUUGAAACCUUUAUCUCACCCCUGUUUCAUUUUAAUUUUAGGAAUGUAACUGCUGGGGCUAUCCAGAGUGGAGGCCACAGUGGAUUGUCCUUAAGGGCAGCUGUCUACUGUCUGCUUAUUUAAAUGACUCUUUAAUCAGUCGUCAUGUGUUAUUACUAAAAAAAAAAAAAAGAAAUCAUUGAGAUGAGACAGUUUACAGUCAUUCUGCCUAUUUAUUUCUGCUUUGUUAUUAGUGAUGUAUAUACAACAUUUUGUGGAAGCCACUAUGGACUUACAAGCUUUAAUGAACUAGUAAGCCAGCAUGGGCUUGCAAAAAAUUUCUUGUUUACCAGAGCAUCUUCUUACCUUUCCACAGAGCUAUUUACAUCUUGGACUAAGUGACUUAAAAGAAGUAAAACUAAUUGCACUACUGUUUUCCAGACUGGAAAAAAAAAUAAAAACAAAUCUCUGCAAGUGAAACUGUAUAGAGUUUAUAAAAUGACUAUGGAUAGGGGACUGUUUUCAUUUUUAGAUCAAAAUGGGUUUUUAAGUAGAACCUAGGAUUUCUAAUUGACUUGAUUUCUGGAAAUGAAAACCCACGCUUUUAUUAUGGGAAGCUUCUUUAACUGCAUUUAAUAUUAUAAAGUUUCAAGUCCUGCUGUAAAGAUCAUGUUGUUUUGUUUUUCCCAGGGCUUUCACUGUGAUUUACUGCAUUGCAGGCUGUAUGAUAGAACUAGAAAUAAUUUUAAGAGAGAAGGCUCUUGAUUCCUUAUGAAAGUGGAAGAGUUGAAACUUGAUCGAAGGACUUAAAACAUUCACAAGCUUAAACUGAAGUGGGGUGGGGGGCACUGGGGGGUCGGAAACUUGUUUACAGACUUUGAAUAACUGCAAAGGAUUUAUGGUUUGUGAAAAAUUUGUACUGUGGAAAUGAUAAUAAAUUGGAGACAUUAUUGUGUGGGACUGUGCUGAUUUUUGUUGAUAACACUCCACUAAAAACACUAUGUUUCCUGGAGAACUGUGUAAGCCGCCUUGUUGCUUAGUUGCAAUAUAAGAAAUAGUGAUGUUUUGGAAGGAAGUUGUCAACAAAUUUCUUUCUGUUUUAUAUUGUUUGUCAUAUUUUUAUGUAGUUUGAAAUGUCUUAAUGUUCUAAUAUCAAGAUUAACAAAUAUAAAUUUAUGGUGCA